GGGAGCAGGAUGCGGCAGAGCUGGGGACCAGGGCUGCUUAUUGUGGGAGCUGUGGUCCUGCUAGAGGGUCUUCAAGCAGCUCAGCGUGCCUGCGGGCAGCGCGGCCCUGGCCCUCCGGAGCCCCAGGAAGGCAACACGUUACCUCAUGAAUGGCCCUGGCAGGCCAGCGUCAGGCGACAGGGGGUACACAUCUGCAGCGGCUCACUGGUGGCCGAUACCUGGGUCCUCACAGCCGCUCACUGCUUUGAAAAGGUGGCCACAACAGAACUGAGCUCCUGGUCCGUGGUCCUGGGUUCUCUGAAGCAGGAAGGGCUGAGCCCAGGGGCUGAAGAGGUACCAGUUGCUGCUCUGCAGUUGCCCAAGGCCUAUAACCACUAUAGCCAGGGAUCAGACCUGGCCCUGCUCCAGCUCAGCCACCCCACAGCCCAUACAACCCUCUGCUUGCCCCGGUCCACCCAUCACUUCCCCUUUGGAGCUUCUUGCUGGGCCACAGGCUGGGACCAAAACACCAGCAAUGUUUCCAGGACCCUACGGAACCUGCGCCUUCGUCUCAUCAGUCGUCCCACCUGCAACUGUCUCUAUAAUCGGUUACACCAGCGGCUGCUGGCCAGCCCAGCAAGACCUGGGAUGCUGUGUGGGGGUGCCCAGCCUGGGGUACAGGGACCCUGCCAGGGAGAUUCUGGGGGACCUGUGAUGUGCCGUGAGCCUGAUGGACACUGGGUCCAGGUUGGGAUCAUAAGCUUCACAUCAAAAUGUGCCGAAGAGGACACUCCUGUGCUGCUGACUGACAUGGCCACUCACAGCUCGUGGCUGCAGGCCCGCGUUCACGGGGCAGCUUUCCUGGUACAGGACCCAGGAACUGUGGAGACCAGCGAUGAGAAUAGCUGUGUAGCGUGUGGCUCCUUGAGGAGUGAAGGCCCUCAGGCAGGAGCACUCUCUCAGUGGCCCUGGGAUGCCAGACUGAAGCACCAUGGGAAGCUGGCUUGUGGUGGAGCCCUGGUAUCGGAGGUGGUGGUGCUGACUGCUGCUCACUGCUUUAUUGGGCGCCAAACCCUAGAGGAAUGGAGUGUAGGACUGGGGGCUGGACCAGAGGAAUGGAGCCUGAAACAACUCAUUCUGCAUGGGGCCUACACCCACCCAGAGGGCGGCUAUGAUGUGGCCCUCCUGCUGCUGGCUCAGCCUGUGACAUUAGGCCCUGGCCUGAGGCCCCUUUGCUUGCCCUAUGCUGACCACCACCUGCCUGACGGUGCACAUGGUUGGGUUCUGGGGCUGACUCCAGGAGCAGCCAACAGCCACCCACAGACAGUGCCUGUGAGAGUCCUGGGGAGAAUGGCCUGUAGCCAACACUACGCAGCCCCUGGGAGCACGGGCACUCCCAUCCUGCCAGGGAUGGUCUGCACCACUGUCGUGGGUGAGCUGCCUCAGUGUGAGGGCCUAUCUGGGGCACCACUCGUCCACGAGGUCAGGGGCACGUGGUUCCUGGCUGGACUGCACAGCUUUGGAGACACCUGCCAAGGCCCUGCAAGGCCUGCGGUCUUUGCGGCACUCUCUGUCUAUGAGGACUGGGUCAGCAGUCUAGACUGGCAGGUCUACUUCGCUGAGGAGCCAGAGCCCGAGGCUGAGCCUGGAAGCUGCCUGGUCAACUCAAGCCGACCCGCCGGUUGUUGAUGGUGACUCUCUAGUUCACUCACAAGACGCCAGAAAAGCCAGGCAACUCCCACCAACACCCAGUUCUCCACUCCAGCCCAUCCCCUCCCUAUUGGUGGUUCCCUGACCUGAGGCAAGCCAACAACUGUCUGACUGGGAAUGAGCCAGCCCAGGGAUGCUGUGUGUGACCAUGACCCACCCCCAAGCUCUGCAAUCCAACAGGGGUGUCUCCAGGACUCCUUAAAUAACCCGUCAUACACAACCACACAACCACACCAGCAACUGUUGUGGAAAAAAAAAAGU